AUGGCGGCCGCGGCUCAGGCGCUGAGCGGCUCCGGGCUGCUCCUGGCCGCCGCCGCCCUCGCCCUCCUGGCCGUGGCCAUCGGCACCGACUCCUGGUACGAGACGGACGCGCGGCGGCACCGGGAGCGCUGCCGGGGCUUCGGCCACAAGCGCAGCGACCCGCCCGGCUCCAUGUCGGCGCCCAGCUCGCACCUGCCGCUCCGCGCCCGGCCCCCGCGGGCCCUGCUGCCCGGCCGGCCCCCGGCCCCCGCCCCGGCCGCCGCCGCCGCCGCGCUGGACUCGCACUGCGGCCGCCGCUUCAACUCCACGGUGUCGGGGCUCUGGAGGCGCUGCCACCGGGCGGGCUACGAGCCGGACAGCGAGGAGCUCAUCCGGAAAGGGGUGAUUCAGCGCUGCACUGCUGUGAAGUACCACUACACCUCCAGCUCCCUUCCUCGCAACUUGCCCAUCAACAUCACCAACACCAUCCGGCAGGACGAGUGGCACGCGCUCCACCUGCGGAGGAUGACGGCUGGCUUCAUUGGCAUGGCAGUCUCCAUCAUCCUGUUUGGCUGGAUCAUUGGUGUGCUGGGCUGCUGCAAGCAGCAGGAGCUCAUGCAGUAUGUGGCCGGGCUGCUCUUCCUCAUGGGAGGUACGUGCUGCAUCAUCUCCCUCUGCACCUGUGUAGCUGGCAUCAACUUUGAGUUGUCUCGCUACCCACGCUACGUCUACGGGCUGCCCGAGGACAUCAGCCAUGGCUAUGGCUGGUCCAUGUUCUGUGCCUGGGGCGGCCUGGGCCUCACCCUCCUGGCUGGCUUCCUCUGCACCUUGGCCCCUUCCCUCAACACGUCUCGGGCGUCCGUACAGAAACCCAGACAAGAGAACGGGGCCGUGUGAGGCAGCCGGCGGCGGCGGGAGCGAGGAGGGGACUGUGGCAAGCGCGGCGCGGGCAGAGCGGUGGGUGAACACCGGGCAGAGGCGGCACGGCAGCGCCUGGAGCGCGGCGCCCGAGCCGUGCGCAGCGGCCGCGGGGAUGCUGCUGCCGCGGGGAUGCUGCUGCUGCGGGGAUGCUGCUGCUGCAGGGAUGCUGCUGCUGCGGCCCCCGGCUGCGGACACGGACGUUGCAAGUCACUCCGGGUUCGAAUUAGUGGCGAUUUUGCUCCUCGAUGGGUUAAAGGGGGACAGUUGUUUAGUUUUGUUUUCUCCUUCUGUUUACACGGGAUGAAGUCCAAGGCUGUGUCUUUUUUUGUGCUGGUUUUUGAACUGUACCUCCAUGGUCCUGUUGUUAUUGUCCAGUUGUAAGGGAUGUUUACGCACCAACUCUAUUGCUGCAGGUCUGUGUCACUCAGACCCAAUCUAGGGCAAGGAGCUUACGUGAAGUUGGCUUGAACACUUUUUGCAACAGGCACGUCUGGUGUUCGCUCAGGCCGCCGUUUCCCAAAAGAACCUUGAUCGAAGCCGAGGUUUAGGCCAAAGAAUUAGCCCAUUCUUAGUAUUAAUUCAUUUAAAUCAGAAACCUGUCCCAUUCCAUGCUGUGGUAUCAGCUAUUUACUCACCACUCAAGCUGUUUCCAACAGGAGCCGGCUGUAACCGAGCGGCACGGCGCUCAAAAAACCCAACACCUCUUCCUGGCUUUAGGUAAGGAGGGGAAAGUUCUCCUCAGCUUCUCACACAGGUAAGGUCACUCCUUUGGCUAACUCCCCGCCUCUUUUUUGGGGGAGGUGUUUGCAACAUGCAGCUCGUAACCACACCACUAGGCCAGGGAACACUUGUGAAAGUGUCAUAGUUUGAGCUGCCAGGACCAACCUUCCCCCUCCACAGCUCCCUGGUGGGUGCAGCUCCUGUUGUGUGAGAGCAGCCAAGGAGCUCUGCCUCCACCUCACCCAAGCCCCCCCACCAACAUCAACCUCCCAAGAACCCGCAGCAGUGUGUUUUCCUCAGGAACCUGUGGCUUCUGCUCCCUCCCCACCUCCCCGAGCCCAGAUGGAGCCCCAGCGCCAGGCCUCGGGCUAACUCAGGAACACCAGCCAAAGUACUGCGGGCUGGCGGGGUGGGGACCACGCCUUUUGCUUUCCUUCAUCUCUUCUUUCAUCCCUCCUCUCCCCACCCCUCUCCCCAGUGUCCAAAAACUGCACAGGUAAAGAUGAGCUGGCCAGCAUUUGGAGAUGUUUACAUGGUAUUUAAGAUACAAUACAGUGGCAUGUAAGAUACUUAAUGCUAAAAGUCAGUGUAUUUAUGA